GAAAAUAGAGGGGGGUAAAAGAGAAUUGUAAGAAGAAAAGAAAUAGGGGGGGUAUAAGAUGGCAUCAAUGGCAACACAAAAGCAGAUAUGGGAGCAACAACAAUCACAGAUGCAGCGAGUAAAGAACUCCGGAAUUAUCAGUAGCAAUGGGAGUCCAAUAAAAGAUGAUAAGGAAGAGGAAAUGGAAAAAUCUGCAUUGGCGUUGUUUCGAGCAAAGGAAGAAGAGAUUGAGAGAAAGAAGAUGGAGGUGAGGGACAAGGUUCAGGCUUAUAUGGGACGCGUGGAAGAAGCAACUAGGCGCUUGGCUGACAUUCGAGAAGAGCUUGAUGCCCUCAUAGAUCCAAUGAGGAAGGAAAUUGCAAUUCAGCGGAAGAAGAUAGACACGGUUAACCGGGAGCUGAAACCACUGGGACAGAGCUGCCAGAAGAAGGAAAGAGAAUACAAAGAAGCCCUUGAAGCCUUCAAUGAUAAGAACAAGGAGAAAGCACAACUAGUUAGCAAACUAAUGGAGCUGGUGAGUGAAAGUGAGAGAUUGAGGAUGACGAAGCUGGAGGAGCUGAGCAAAAAUAUCGAAACCCUUCGCUGAAUUGUGCUUUACUACAACAACAUGAUUGUGCUUAAUUUGUGUGCUGUAAUUAGACCCAGUUUUAUGAUGUUUGGUACAUUUAUUUGUUUCUAUACAUGUUUUUCACUGCUUCAGAUUUAGGAAGGUAGUCACUGAGCAGGUUUGUCAUCAAACAUGUCAACUUAAUGUCUUAUACCAAACGUAUGGAUAUGCUUUCUCAGCCAUCAUUGCAUAGUGAAUUGCUCCUUGCGUUUGUCAGUAAGCCACCUAUAUCUAAUUCAAAAAAAUAAAUAAAUAAAAAUUUGGUCAAUAAUUUGAAAUUUUCAGUUCCAACUAAGAACGGGCAACUAAAUUCCUAAUAAAUGUCUGGCUUGUUUUGCUGUUCAAUUUGUUUAUGAACAGUAAAUAUCUGU